UUCGGAUUUUACAUUUUCUACCAGAGUGGAGAAAAAAAACAGAGAAGAGGAAACAAAGCAAGCAAAAAAGAGUUGCCAUGGAAGCUCUUAUUGCUUCCACUUCCUUCUUCGUCCCCAUCUCCAACUCUUCCUCCUCACACAUUAUCAAUAACAGAUUCUUCCCUUCAUUUUAUUCUCCCAACUUAAAUUUCGGGACUUUUCGGAAAACUUCCUUGUCAUCAUCACACCUCGUCUUCUCAUCUUCUGCAAUUUCCGCACCGCCUUCUUCUACUGUUCUUACUCGAAACAGCUAUUGGAUGGUGUUAUUGGAUAAACCUCCGCAUUGGGUUUCUUCCAAAUCAGCCAUGGUAGAUUAUUAUGUCGAGAUUCUUGCGAAAGUACUGGGAAACGAAAAAGAUGCGCAAGUGAGUAUAUAUGAUGCUUCCUUUGAUACCCAUUUCGGGUUUUGUUGUCAUAUCGACGAAGAUGCUUCACGACAGCUCGCUAGUUUACCUGGAGUAGUGUCUAUUAGACCUGAACAGGAUUACAGUUCAGAGAAGAAGAAUUAUGGCAUUGGUAGCCAUAAAGGUGUUUCAUUGUUUGAUCAUGGGACAGUAAAACAUUGGAUGGUACGAAUAGAUAAGCCAGGAGUUGGGAUUGUUACUAAAGCACAGAUGGUUGAUCAUUGUGUUCAAUUGCUAUCCAAGGUUUUGUGGAAUGAGAAGGAUGCACAGAUGUGUCUUUAUCAUGUUUCCUGGCAGUCUGAUUUCGGAUUUUGUUGUGAUCUCGAUGAAAGAAGUGCUGUGGAGUUAGCUGGCGUACCUGGUGUUCUUGCUGUUGUUCCUGAUAACAGUUUCGAGUCACUAAACAAAGACUAUGAAGGCGAUAGUACGCAAGAUUCAAGAGAUCAAGAUGAUUCAGAGUCUCCUCCCGUAAAGACAAAGAAGCUGUUUAUAACUGGACUGUCUUUCUACACAUCUGAGAAGACAUUACGUGCAGCAUUUGAAGGGUUUGGUGAACUAGUGGAAGUCAAAAUAAUUAUGGACAAAAUAUCGAAGAGAUCAAAGGGCUAUGCCUUUCUAGAGUACACGACAGAGGAAGCCGCAGGCACUGCACUAAAAGAGAUGAAUGGAAAGAUUAUCAACGGGUGGAUGAUAGUAGUAGAUGUAGCCAAGACCAAACCGUUCAGGCAAAACAGAAGUCAACCAAGUUUCGGGCUCUAGAAUCUGAGUGUUAGGGUGAUACAACCAUGGGGAUUUAAGAUGCUUCAGGCGAAGAAAGAUAAGGCAAGUAGUAUCAUUUUUCAUACUAGAUCAAAUAUAAAUUUCACACUAUGUGACAGCUCUGCAAAAAAAAUUCACAUGUACAUAUCUAUAUUUGAGUUUACAAGAUUUCGGCCGAAUGAAAGGCCUACUGAUACAAGUAUUAUAUAGUUGUCACCUUGGGGCUUGGGCGAUUAACACGCUUAACGAGUAAAUAAACUACUACUAUUUAUUUUUUCAGUGACUGUCAUAUAUUACUUCAGAUCUACUUAUUAUAUCACGUUUUUUAAGAGAAAACGUAUUAUAUAAAGGUGAUAAACAAAGUAUGGAGUCUUUAUAAAAGAUUACUGCCUCUUCUUCACUAUGAGCAACAAUGGCAGCAAUGAUCACCGUUGACUUUCAAAACAGCUUCGCAUUCAUCCUCUUUUGUCUCUUCUCUCUCCUUUGUUACUCUCUCUUCUUCAGGAAAGCAAAGGGCUCACGAGCUGGUCGUGAUCUUCCUCCGAGCCCUCCUUCUUUUCCGGUAAUUGGUCAUCUUCACCUUCUUCUCUCUGUUUUAGUUCACAAGUCUUUUCAAAAAAUCUCCUCCAAGUAUGGACCUCUUCUCCUUCUCCGCAUCUUCCACGUUCCCAUAGUCCUCACCUCCUCGGCCUCAGUGGCUUACGAGAUCUUCAGGGCCCAAGAUGUGAACGUCUCC